AUGUCCUCCGAUUCAGGGAAACUCACUAUCUCCAUUGAUCGAGGUGGUACUUUCACAGAUGUCCACGCCAUUGUUCCUGGUCGCUCGGAUAUCAUCCUAAAACUUCUUUCCGUUGAUCCUUCUCAUUAUCAAGAUGCCCCCACCGAAGGUAUUCGUCAGAUCUUGGAGCUGGCCACAGGGGAGCCACAUCCCCGAGGUCAACCACUGAGGAUGGACCGCAUUGGCUGUCUGCGCAUGGGCACAACCGUUGCGACCAAUGCUCUCUUAGAGCGCAAGGGUGCACGCUCGGUGCUCCUCACAACCAAAGGUUUCCGAGAUCUGCUAAAGAUUGGCGAUCAAUCUCGCCCCGCCAUUUUCGACCUCUCUAUGGCACGCCCAGGAGUACUCCCAGAAAGUGUUGUCGAAGUAAAUGAGCGUGUACUUCCUUGUCAUCCCUCUGCCGAUAGCGACUGUUUCUCGAACUGCCGAAUGGUAGAGGGAGUCACAGGCGAGAAGUUCCGCGUGGUCCAAGAGCUGGACCUUGCUCAGGUGCAGACAGAGCUCCAACGACUCCGCGAGCAAGGCUAUCAGUCACUAUCUGUAGCUCUCUUACAUUCAUUUGCAUACCCUGAGCAUGAACGUCAAAUUGGUGAACUCGCUCAGCAAAUGGGAUUCUCGGUCACUCUUUCUUCCAAGCUUCAACCCAUGAUCAAAAUUGUGCCGCGCGGCAUGUCAGCUGCUGCCGAUGCCUAUUUAACACCCGUGAUCAAGACAUAUAUCGACUCAAUCUCUGCAAGCUUUGAGGGCGGACUGGAGAGUCAGCAAGACUGCCGAUUCGAGUUCAUGCAAUCCGACGGUGGACUAGUCGAUUUCCGCAAGUUCAGCGGACUCAAGGCUAUCCUUUCUGGACCUGCAGCUGGUGUUGUCGGCUUUGCGGCUACGAGUUGGGAUCCUACUGAGAAGACACCCGUGAUUGGAUUUGACAUGGGUGGUACUAGUACCGACGUGUCGCGGUAUGAUGGCCAUCUAGAACAUGUGUUCGGGUCCAAGCUUGCGGGUGUCCUGAUCCAAUCCCCUCAACUCGAUAUCAACACCGUCGCUGCUGGUGGUGGAUCCAUUCUGAAUUGGCGCAAUGGCCUGUUCUACGUUGGACCCGAGUCUGCCAGCGCCCACCCUGGUCCGGCUUGCUACCGCAAGGGAGGCCCUCUGACAGUCACAGAUGCCAAUCUAUUCUUGGGCCGUCUUUUGCCCGAGUAUUUCCCUCGGAUAUUUGGUCCAAACGAAGAUCAACCUUUGGAUACAGAGACAACCGCACGGCUCUUCAAUGAGCUAACGCAAAAGGUCAACAUUGAGCGUCGUCAACAGUACCAGUCUGAGUACACACCCGAAGAAGUUGCACUCGGCUUCUUGAAGGUUGCAGAUGAAUCAAUGGCUCGGCCAAUCCGCAAUCUCACAGAAGCCCGAGGAUUCGAGACUGCGUCUCACCACCUGGCUUGCUUUGGAGGUGCCGGUGGCCAACACGCUUGCUCAGUGGCAGACUCUCUUGGAAUCUCACGUAUUAUUAUCCACAAAUACUCAUCCAUUCUGUCAGCUUAUGGCCUUGCAUUGGCAGAAGUUGUAAAGGAGUCGCAGGAACCAGUUUCAUCGGCCUACUCGUCCUCUCACGCCACUCUCCUUGGGCGUUUUGAUUCCAUUGCGGAAACAGCAACCAAAGAGAUGGAAGACCAAGGCUUCUCUCCUUCACAGGUCCAGCAUGAGAAAUAUUUGAAUAUGCGUUAUGAAGGAUCGGACACCAGCUUGAUGAUUCUCAAGCCCACAGACUCGGUGGACUUCCUGGAAGCGUUCCGUCUUCGCCAUCGUCGCGAGUUCAACUUUAACUCCGAGCGUCCCAUUCUUGUGGACGACAUUCGAGUACGAACCAUUGCCUCUUCCAAGGUGCGGUCAGAGGAAAGCCCCUUGGUUCAAUUGAAGGCCGCCAAUAUGCAAGAUGUUGCCACUGCUCCGGCUAGCAAAAGCUCAGCCUAUUUCGAUGGCCAGUCAAGCCGCAUUGACACGCCAGUGUAUUUGUUGGAUGAGCUGGCAAAGAAUUCUCGCAUUGUCGGCCCAGCUGUCAUCAUCGAUAACACACAGACAGUUGUGGUCGCCCCCAACGCAGUGGCUAACUUGCUUGACACAUGCAUUGUUAUCGAUCUUGUCAAAGAUGAAGCUGCCAUCUCAGCUAGCAACUCCCUUUCAUCGGGCAUUGAUCCAAUCCGACUGAGCAUCUUUGGGCACCGUUUCAUGUCCAUUGCUGAACAGAUGGGUCGCACAUUGCAGAAAACCUCUGUUUCCACUAACAUCAAGGAGAGACUUGAUUUCUCUUGCGCUCUGUUCUCUCCCGAUGGAGGGCUGGUCGCCAACGCUCCACACGUACCAGUCCAUCUCGGAUCCAUGCAAUUUGCUGUGAGGUACCAGCACCAAAAAUGGCUAGGGAAUUUGAAGGACGGUGAUGUGCUUGUUUCUAAUCACCCUAGCUGCGGAGGCACUCACCUUCCUGACAUCACCGUGAGUGACCAGAAUCUCUGCUGGACUGUUUCGUCGUGCGCUAACAAUAUCCAGGUCAUCACCCCCGUCUUCGAUCGCCCUGGAGGCUCUGAGAUCAUGUUUUAUGUCGCUUCUCGUGGUCAUCACGCUGAUAUUGGUGGUAUCUUGCCUGGUUCAAUGCCCCCCAAGUCAACUGAGCUGUGGCAAGAAGGUGCCGCCAUUGAAGGGGAUAAAAUCGUCAGUGAUGGAGUCUUGGACGAGGCACGCUUGAUUGAGCUUCUGGUCACCAAGCCCUCCCAAUAUCCUGGCUGCGCUGGAGCACGCUGUAUCAGCGACAAUCUUUCCGACCUCAAGGCCCAGAUCGCCGCCAACACUCGUGGUAUCACUCUGAUUCAAACCUUGUUCCAUGAAUACGGAACCCAGACUGUGCAAAAGUACAUGUUUGCCAUCCAGGCCACUGCGGAAACUGCCGUCCGGAAUUUGCUGAAGGAGCUUUACCAGAAGUUCAAUGGCCAACCUCUGGAGUCAGUGGACUACAUGGACGACGGUACUCCCAUCAAGCUCAAGGUUACCAUUGAUGGUAAUGAUGGGUCCGCUGUCUUCGACUUUGAUGGCACAGGCCCCGAAGUAUAUGGUAGCUGGAAUGCCCCCAUCGCGAUUACUCACUCGGCUAUUAUCUACUGCCUGCGUUGCAUGAUCAACGCAGACGUUCCUCUGAACCAGGGAUGCCUGGCGCCAAUCGACAUCCGUGUGCCAUCUCCCAGCAUCCUUUCACCGACCAAGACGGCUGCAGUUGUUGGUGGCAACGUCGUUACCUCCCAGCGCAUUACCGACGUUGUUUUCAAGGCCUUCCAGGCGUGUGCUGCAUCUCAGGGUUGCUGUAAUAACCUGACAUUCGGUACCGAUCCCAAGCUUGAUCCGUCUACCGGAGAAGUUGUCACACCAGGAUUUGGAUACUACGAAACGAUUGCCGGUGGAAGUGGCGCCGGUCCAACUUGGAAGGGCGAAUCUGGCGUGCAAGUGCAUAUGACCAACACGCGCAUCACUGACCCGGAAAUCUUGGAAAAGCGCUACCCGACCAUGCUUCGACAGUUCACCUUGCGUGAGGGCUCCGGGGGCCAAGGAAAGAACCCUGGUGGCGAGGGAGUCAUUCGCGAUAUUGAAUUCCUGUCGCCAAUGAAGUGCUCAAUUCUGUCAGAGCGACGUGUCCAUCAGCCAUAUGGACUUGAAGGUGGACACAAUGCGGAAAGAGGAUUGAAUCUUUGGGUAACGCGUGACGACGAGACUGGUGAGGAGCGUACCAUCAACAUUGGUGGCAAGAACACCGUCGAGAUGAAGACGCACGAUCGAAUCGUGAUCAACACGGCCGGUGGUGGUGGCUGGGGUGCUGUAUGA